GUUUCAGGUUCCCAGUCGAUUUUCCAGACAACUUUCCUUAGGCUAGUACACGGACUGUGACACGUACCCAACAGUUUACGUGUGUUGAAUAACUACUUGGGGUAGGGAAAAGGAGGGGAAUUGUACUAUUAGGGUGACAUCCCUGUCAAAAUAUCAAGUGUUUGUAUAACCGAGUUGGAAGCAUGAAGGCAGGGGCGUGCGACAAUGCUAAUGCAGGUGCUCCUUUCAUUGAGCAGUCCUCAGGACAGGGAGACUUGUCUGGGAGCAGUGAUGAGGGGGAAGGGACCAUGGACAAGGACCCAGUACCAGCAGCAGAGAGGGCAGUGGAGACUGAGAGCAUGAUGAAACGGCUGUUUGGGUUUGAGAAGGAGGACCUGUCCUCCUGGCAUCGCUUGGUGUGUCUCCUAAACCGCCCCACUGACCCUGCUUCUCUGGGCAUCUUCCGCUUCCUGUUUGGCAUGAUAAUGGCUAUAGACAUUACACAGGAGCGAGGCCUUAGCCACCUGGAUUACAAGUACCUGGAUGGAGCUCCUGUUUGCCGCUUCCCUCUCUUCAACUUCCUGCAGCCGCUGCCUCUUGAUUAUAUGUACCUGGUCUAUGUGGUGAUGCUCUUUGGUGCUGUGGGAAUCAUGUUGGGCUGUUUCUACCGCCUCUCCUGUCUCAUGUUCAUAUCCACCUACUGGUACAUCUUCUUCCUGGACAAAACAGCAUGGAACAACCACUCUUACCUCUACGGCCUCAUUGGCUUCCAGCUCACAUUCAUGGACGCCAACAGAUACUGGUCAAUAGAUGGAUUACGUAAUCCUAAAAAAAAGAACGGCCAAGUUCCACUUUGGAACUACACUCUUCUGAGGUUUCAGAUUUUCAUAGUAUACUUCAUUGCUGGAAUCAAGAAACUGGAUGCAGACUGGGUACAGGGAUACUCCAUGUCAUACUUGGCACACCAUUGGCUUUUUGACCCUUUCAGGAUGAUUCUUCCUAAUGAAAUGGUGAGUCUGCUGGUGAUCCAUGGAGGUGGUCUUUGUCUGGACCUGUCUGCCGGCUACCUGCUGUUUUUUGAUGCCACACGCCCUUUUGGCAUUUUCUUUGUCAGCUACUUCCACUGCAUGAACUCUCAACUCUUCAGCAUCGGUAUGUUUGCCUACACUAUGCUGGCCACGAGUCCUCUCUUCUGCUACCCUGACUGGCCCAGGCACUUCUUUGCCCGCUUCCCAAAGAUCCUCAGGCCCGUGCUGCCGAUCACGUCUCCUCCCCCACAGCCCAGCACCUCCUGUGUUUACCCAGAGACCCAGCACACAUCUACGGGACCACAGGACACCCCUCCUGCCCCCAUGGCCUCCAAAACACAGUUUAAACACAAGCUGGCAACCCUGUUCACCAUUCUGUACCUGGCUGAACAGUUCUUCCUGCCUUACUCUCACUUCAUCACACAGGGCUAUAACAACUGGACCAAUGGCCUGUAUGGGUACUCCUGGGACAUGAUGGUCCACUCCCGAUCCCACCAGCAUGUCAAGAUCACCUACAGAGACGGAAAAACAGGAGAUGUCGGAUACCUCAACCCUGGGGUGUUCACUCAGAGUCGGCGAUGGAAGGACCAUGGGGACAUGCUGAAGCAGUACGCCACCUGCCUGAGCCUCCACCUGCCUCACUACAACAUCUCUGACCCAGAGAUCUACUUCGACAUAUGGGUGUCCAUCAAUGAACGCUUCCAACAACGGAUCUUUGACCCCCGUGUGAACAUUGUGAAGGCAGACUGGUCACCAUUCCGCCUAAAUCCCUGGCUCAUGCCUCUGCUGGUGGACCUCUCUCCCUGGAGGACCAAGUUCCAGGAGAUCGAAGGCUCGUUGGACAACCAGACAGAGAUAGUCUUCAUCGCAGACUUCCCAGGUCUCCACUUAGAGAACUAUGUCAGUGAGGACCUGGGCAACACCAGUGUUCAGGUGCUGCAGGGCCAGCUGAAUGUUGAGAUAGUGGAUGAGAAGAAGAACUACACGCUCCAACCUGGAGAGCAGAAGCAGCUUCCUGCUGGGGCCUACCAUAAGGUGUACACAGUGUCUGAGGGGCCGUCCUGCUACAUGUACAUCUACGUCAACACCACAGAGGCAGCGCUUCAGAGGAACUUCACUAAGCUGUUUGAGCUGCAGGAGCGGGUCCGCAACGGAACAGAAACCGAACCCCUCCCUCCAGAGCUCCAGCCACUCAUCACUGGAGAAAAUGAUGAGGGGUCAGAGGCCAAUGUGAUGGAUCCCGUCGUUCAGCUGUUCCUACGGCGACAGCGGAGAAUGAAAGAAGUAAAGAAGCGCAGGGAAGCCAAUGUGUACGAAAGGCUGAACCGGUUUACUGUGAAAAAGUACUACAUGUUGCGGCGAGCGUUCCUGAUGACAGCCAUUGCAAUGCGUAACCUGGCGGUGGGCCUCCCUCCUCUGGAGCAGCUGACCAGGGAAGUGGCCUUCGCGAACAUGAAGGAACCAGAGACGGAGGCCAACCAGGACCUCAAGGAUGAAGUCGGCCACGAUGAGCUCUAGGAGUGUGUAAAUCAUUUUUAAGUGAAUGUGCUUGGAUGACAGUGAGAAUACGCUAGUCUGUUACUACACUGGGUACACCAACCCAGUAAGCCAAAUGAUUUUCAUUUGAAUGGUUUUGAACAUUUGGAAAUGUUUGAAAUUAUGCAGGGGCAACUUUCUGAUUGUCUUAUGACUGAUCUUCCUGUUUAACUGAAAAAAUACAUUCCUAGGUUGUGCAAGAUCACAUUGUUCAUUUUGGUCUUAUUUCUAUAUUGCCAGAAGUAUUAUAAUUUUAAAUCCAACAUGCACCUUCACAAAAUGUAUCUCUUUGCUAUGCCUAACUUUAAUUAGUUUUUUUUUUUAAUUGAGACUGACUCCAGUUGUGAAAAGUGGUAGAGCUGAACUUUAUAUGCUACAGGUAACUGCCAAAAUCUUAAAACCCCCGAAGUUUGAUGUCCACUCCCCCGCGGAAAUCGAAUUAGCAUAAUACAACUCUUAUGGGUUAAUAGGGUGUUGGGCCACCACGAGCCAGAACAGAUUCAAUGCACCAUGGCAUAGAUUCUACAAGUGUCUGGAGCUCCAUUGGAGGGAGGCGACUCCAUUCUUCAACGAGAAAUUGUUGAUGGUGGUGGAAAACACUGUCUCUGGCGCUGCUCCAGACUAUUCUAUAAGUGUUCAAUUGGGUUGAGCUCUGGUGACUGAGAUGGCCAUGGCAUAUGGUUUACAUCAUUUUCAUGCUCAUCAUACCGUUUGGUGACCACUCGUGUCCUGUGGAUGGGGGCGUUGUCAUCCAUUCGGGGCACAGCCAUGGUAACCAAAAUAAUGGCCUGCCCAGCAUUUUUAUACAUGACCUUAAGCAUGAUGGGAUGUUAAUUGCUUAAUUAACUCAGGAACCACACCUGUGUGAAAGCACCUGCUUUCAAUAUACUUUGUAUCCCUCAUUUACUCAAGCGGUUCCAUUAUUUUGGCACUUACCUGUAGCGUUACUCUGAGACCAAAUUAUGAUGUUGUGCAUUAUGAAACCGAUGGUAACAAGUCAAACAUUGUCACCAUUUGCAUUCCAAAAUGCAGUUGGUACUUUUCAAAUAAAGAGCCUGAGCAUGAAAUAAAUGGCAUUCUCAGUGUUUGAACUUAAAAGCUCAUGACCAUGCAUGUUUCAGAUUUUGUCAACCUUUAAUACAUGGGGCAAAAGUUUUAUGAAUAUGUAGUCAACACAAAUGCAAGGAAGUUUCACUCAUGAUUUGAGAAAAAAAAUAAACCAUUAUGGAAAUGUCA